GUUGGAAAAUGUCGUGGCUGCUACACUCACCAUGCAGCCAGACCCCCGCUUACUGAGAGCCGGUUCACUCCCUUAUUCUCUGAUGCAGCUAAAAGCAUGCCGCGAAAUUGUGUAGUAAACAUUGAACGGUAUAUGCCAUUUCCUUUCCGUGUAUGUUAAGAAACAGAAAGAUUAUUUCUCGAUCAUAAUGAGUCUGUGUAGAGAAGUGAUAACACUGCAGCUCGGACAUUAUUCAAACUUUGUCGGGACCCACUGGUGGAAUUUACAGGAUGCCUCUCUCUGUUAUGACUUGGAUGGAUCACCAGGCGAGCUGCAAAGUGAUGUUAUGUUCAGAGAGGGGGUCACCCAUGGGGGACAGGUCACCUACACCCCCCGUCUCAUUGCUAUGGAUCUCAAAGGAAGCCUUCAGACAUUACGACAGGAGGGUAUUCUGUAUGAAACUGAAAACCAUGCCGGUGCCUUCAGCUGGAAAGGACAGGUGGUAACACAUAAACAUACGCUGCCAACCAAAAACGCUUUCCUCCAGGAUCUAGACAAGUUGGAUAAUGAGGAGAUCCUGACAGAAGCUGACUUACACAGUUCCCAGCAGGCACAGUACUCAGGAGCUAUUCCCAUACAAACGGUGAACAGCAGUCUGGAGCACUCAAAGAGGGUGUAUAGUCUGGAGGGAAAUGUGAGGGUGUGGUCUGAUUUCCUGAGGCUUCACUUACACCCAAGGACCAUCUCAGUAAUCCAUCAGUACAACCAUGACGGUGAGUCUGAUCGUCUGGAGGCAUUUGGCCAGGGGGAGGCUCUCUGCAAAGGUCCAGUAUUGGACGAACUGGAAGACAAGCUGCACUUCUUCAUUGAAGAGUGUGAUUACCUUCAGGGCUUUCAGGUGUUGUGUGACCUCUCUGAUGGGUUCUCUGGCCUAGGGUCAAAGGUUACAGAGCUGCUUCAAGACUCCUAUGGAGGACGUGGCAUUCUGACCUGGGGUUUGUCGCCUGUCAGUCACGCAAACUCGACACCAGUGAGGGAGCACUGUCAUUUGUUGAAUUGUGCUCUGGGGAUGAUCCAUAUGGCAAAUCACAGUUCGUUCUUCUGCCCCCUCACACUUAGAGGAGGACUGGGGCCGCGUCCCACAGCUACACCUGAUUUCACACACAUGAACUAUGAUCCUACACUGUGGUACCACUCAAGCUCACUUUUGGCCCUAGCUCUGGAUACUAUGACUGUAUCUUAUCGUUUGAGACAGCACAGCAACCCCAUGUGGCAACUGGCAGAUGCACUUGCAGUUUCUGGGAGGAAGGUGGUGUCUGCUUAUGGGGCCAUCCCAUUUCCUGUGGUGCAUGGCACACAUCUCUCAGAGGCUUUUGAUACCUUUGCUGAUGCUUUGCCAUGGAAACCUCUCUCAGCUUGUCCUGAGCUGGGUAAUGGGUGCUGUUAUGGCCAGUCAGUGGCUCUCAGGGGUCUGGAGAGGAAGUGCAUGGUCAGGCCUCAGGUACCAGGCACUCAGCCUCUACUGGACUACCCCUGCAGUGGAGAGGAUAUAUUGGCCUCAUGGAUCCAAUCCCACUAUCCAGCCAGCCCAAUGGCUGUGCAGAUUGUAUCCAGCGCUAGCAAGCUGACUCCACCCUUUCCACAGAUCUUCAACAAAUCUGUAAGCCCACAGGGUCUCUUACAGAAGCAGGUCCCGUCCACUAGUGCUGUAGCCCCUCCAGUGGUCAGUGUUCCAGUGCUGACCUCUCUGCAGUCAUCUCCAGCAAUAGGCCCAUGGCUGUCAGAGCUACAUAUCGCAGCAAGCCGCCUGGACCCACACCGCAUCGCUCCCAGCUUCCUCACGCAUGGCCCAGAGCCCAGCGACUUACAGGAGGCACUAGAACAGCUGCGGGUCCUUGCACACUGUUACCACAAUGAAAACUCUGGCUUGUUCCAUUCAUCCUCAGAGGACGAUGACAAUGACUGAAUUUGAUGACAUUGGGGAUGAAGAUGGCCGUAAUGACUGUGAUGAAGAUUGUGAUGAAUCAUGCUGACAGAAAUGCAGACUUAUAUUAUAUCCGUUGCAUGCUGAAGAUGGGUAAAGCUGAGUCGGCACUGAAUAAAAAUGACCUGACCUGAAAGUACCUGACCCAAGCUAAAUGACUGAGCUCCUACUACUCCUGGCAGCAAUAUUCUGUGCAUAGACUGGAUGAAUCAUUUCCGUUUUGCAUAACUUUGAUAUCAGUGCUGUACUUACACAUGUGUAUGUUUUAAUGUACCAGAAGUAGCAAUUAAGUAAUUUCCAUCACUUAGAUGUCUUGAGUGAUUCUCCCUACAGAAAACAGAGAAACCAUGGUAUGAUAACAGAUUGGUACCACUACACUGCAAGUCGAAGAUCUAAUUCAGCUAAGCUCAUAAGACCCACCUACUGCAUGGGCUUCGUUAUAACUUUUAAACAUAAAUCUUGGACAUAGUCAAAUGUUCUUAUUCGAUUGAGACUAUUUCAGAAGCUCACUGUCUAUUGUUCACUAUAAGGCUACAAACGGGACAAUAUAGACAAUGGUCUUGGUAUGGUUGGGAUUCCAGCGGAAAUAAACUUUUCCAUUCUAA